UCCUCCUCCUCCUCCUCCUCCUCUCCCACCGGCCGAGAUCUAAUCUGACCAGGACCCUUGAACUCUGACUAGCGCCAGAUCUUCAUCCCAAGGCCGCUCACAUUCCUUUUCCAACUCCUCAGUACCCGAUCGGCAAGAGUCGUAUAAACCCACUCGGAGCCCAUUCUUCUGACCACAUCCCUUUCGAAACGAUAUCUACUCUCAGAGGAUGUUCGUCACGCCUUCCAUCAUAGCCCUGCUUGGAUGCCUGUCAACAGCUCUGGCAGCUCCGACCUCGUGUGGUCGUAAGUCGGCCGCAGGCGGACAGUAUCUGCAUGGUAACUCUACGGAAUUCGCGAAUCUCUGGGGGUACGGACACGGAGGAAACCAUGGAAAUCACGGACAAAACCAUCAGUCCAAUGUGAUUGAUCAUCCAACGACCUCUCAGCAUGUUAUCGAGACGCAAUCUCGGGCUGCUGUUCAGACAUCUCAACUCGUCGUCCAAACGUCGGCAGCGGCCACCUCAGCAGCUGCUCCCAUGCCGAGUGAUUCAUCCAAUGGUGCAACUGGAGGAAGUGCAGGUGGUGGAGGUGCCGGUGGUGCAGGUCUCGGUAUCAAUUAUUCUUCCUUGUUCAAAGCCCAGAAUUUUCCCGGUCUCACGUGGUACUGGAAUUGGGCUUUGACCCCGAGCAGUGAUACUGGUUCUUUGGAGUUCGUUCCCAACGUGCAUUCUGCAAGCAAUGUCGAUGGCGUAGCGAGUGCUGCUGCAUCUUGGACCAACGUGAGAUACGUCCUUGGAUUCAAUGAGCCCGACAUUUCCGCCUCUGAUGGAGGAUCAGACAUCGAUCCUUCAACCGCAGCUGCGCUUCACCAGCAAUGGGUCGCGGCCCUUGAUGGAAAGUACCAGAUCGGUACACCAGCCGUUGCGAGAGGAGGCAAGACUUGGAUGCAGCAAUGGCUCGCAGCUUGUGAGGGCAAAUGCGAGUAUGACUUUGUUCCGUUCCAUUUUUACGGUACGAAUGCGCAGGACUUGAUCUCGUAUGCUCAAGACUUCUACACCACUUUCCAAAAGCCUUUGUGGCUUACUGAAUGGGAUUGUCAUGACUACUCCACCGGCGCUUCAUGUCCCGACCAAGCUGCUACUGAGCUCUUCAUGAAGACGGUUGUCGAUUGGUUCAAAGGUGAAGGAAGCAGUAUGGUUCAUCGAUGGGCUUGGUUCGGCGCUUUCCCAGGAAUGAGCACCGAUGUCAAUGGUCUCGAGAACAGUGAUGGGACGGCAAACACUUUGGGCGACUACUACGUCUCACUCGCAGGAUGAGGUCUCUGGAAGCACUUUCGUGUUUAGUUCUGUGCAAUACAUACUGCGUACUCCACUGAAGGGAUUUGCACAAGGUGCGAUCACCUUGCAUCUGUGAUGCAAGCGAUAUUUCAAUGCACUUUCAGUUACGAUAUGUGGGCGCCAGAAUCAGCUACGUAACAACAGGGUUUGGGAAUGAGGGGGUUUCAGGAAGUGGGACCACGGUUGCUUUGGCCGACUUCAUUUUGUCGGUGGCGUCGAUGAGGGCGAGGAAUCAUACAUAUGUAGGACGAUUCGUGAGCAUGACUUGAUUUGAUGGACGCACGUUGAGGAAUCUGUAACUUUCAAGCCAGCGUGCGGUGAUUUUCCGCAUACGAUCCACGAAGCAGCAGGG